CUUCUGAUGUAGUCACAUAUUAUUUAUUAUUCAUGUUUAGUCUUAAUAUAUACAAUGCUCGAGUCUCAUGUAAGUUUGUUUCGUGGGAAUCUGAUGCACGGCCAAAGCGGUAUGCCCAAAAGUUAUGCUUGUCGCCUUUUUGGGCAUAAUUUGAUGAAAAUCCGGGUUAAAUCGUUCUUUCCCACGUGGAGUGGCCGCAAGAAGGGACGCGGGGGCGUGUGUCGUUGCACCAGACGGCGAAUUCGCUCCUAUUGCCAGUACUAUAUGCAGAUUGUAUGCUGCUGCUGCUGCUGCAAAAAAAAAAAGGGAAAACAGCGCAAUAAAGAUGAAUAACGACAGACAGCGGUAGUAGUACUGCUAGGCGGGGAUUUUUUUCCCCUGGUCUGUAGGAUCGCAAAUGGGUAAAUACCAGCGGAGCAUCCUUGGGGACCCAUGCCAUGCCACUAACAAACUGGAGGCUAGCAAACGAGAGCCUGCUGAACAGACAGACCUUUGUUCGGGGAACGGACGGCAGCAGCAAAUAGACUUUCUUGCUUGGUAUUUGACUCGAUGGACAAGCCAGAACCAAGAAAGUAUAAAUCGUACGUUUUCUUGUCCGGCCCGUAUUCCCUUUGAUUCUCUUUGGGGUGCUGUGUGUAGAUGAUCCCCUAAAAGCGGCGCCGGAUUGGUGCCGGCACAGUGGUGCUGUAAGCGCCCGCGCCCUUGCAACAACGCUGAUUGGCUUGUCCGAUCUGGCACGUCACCCACUAAUAUUCCAGCGGGCCCGUGAUUGGCUGACCAGUUAAGCGCCCGCGAUGGGGAGCUAAAGAACCGGGGGGAGGGGUGUGGAGAAACAUCCAGCAGUAAACAACCCAGCAAGCUCUGGUUAAGCUUGAACCGUUUUGCCCAUGGGACACCCACAGCUCUCUUGUUAGCGUUGCGCUCUCUGCCGAGGAAUUCCCAAGCGGAAGCAUUGCAACGCUGCUACUGCAGGGUGAAGCUGCGUCCACAGCCCUCUCCUCGGCGCCGCACUACCACGCCUGCCCUGCUCCCCUCCCCUCCCUGGCUCUGUGUCGAACCUGGUAAAAGGCCGAGGCGGGAGGAGAUUGGAAUGGUGUAGGCUGUGCGCCAAAUGAUCUGCCCUACUCUGCUCUCUGUAAGAGAAAAACGACGGAUAAAAAAAGGCCUCGUUCAGAUGGUGCCGUGUAAAACGGGACGCUGACCAGUUAGUCCCACCCUCAUCAGGCCACUCGUCCCGGGAACGGCAGUCGUCUCGAGCUCUACUUUUUGGUUCCGGUGGCUGAACCUGUCCCGCUUUAGGGCGAUGGCUAUUGCUGCUGCUGCUUCUGGCUGACUCCAUCUUCGACUGCCGAAGGGUUCCUUUUUUGGUGGUCGUACUAGGAGAGCCACUGACUAAAUGGGGGCGGCUGCCGCUGCGUGAUACAGGCUAGUCUAGUGGCUAUCAACCAGGUAGCUGGGUGUGGGACGUCAUGGAUAGAACGCCUGCUGCAAUAUAGCCCGAGCUGCCGUCACCUAUACCUCGCGGACUUGGCUGGCAAUGGCGUUGCACAGGGCUACCUGGAUGCCCGCGCCGGUUAAGACGUGAAUCCACAGCCGCUGUGUCUCGCUUAGCCGGUCGUUUUCGCUUUUGACUUCAACAAACAUGACCUCGCCCUGCUGCUGCUGGGUGUCGUCCGCGGAGACUUUUCCCAUACGCCAUAGAAUUAGAUCCGGGAUCCCUCCUCCGCGCUGCUUAUACUCCUGCGCCAUCACCUUGCACAGGGCUGCCAGCGCGCUGCCAUCAAAGCAUCGCACAAGCUCUGUGAGAUCAUCCACCUGAAAGUCCCAGUUCAGCCCAAUUGCCGCUGUGCGCCGUUCAUGUUCCCGCUCCCACACCUCUCGUAGGAUUCGCUCUGCCUGGCCGUUGGAGAUUUCCACCAGCCGGUGAUUGAUUUCCGAUGCGCGCGCUGGCAUAAAUGCAUCUGUGUGUAAGUCAAGAGGGCAGGUCUGGUACGCUGUUUGGAAUACGUUUGGAAUAUAGAGAAACAAAAUGUCGUAAAACAAGUAAGCAAACAAUGUUCUGACAAUGCCUCCUUCGGCGUGGUAUCCUUUCCAUCCAUCGGUGCGGAAGUGACUGAGACACAUCUCCUCGACGGUGCAUUCGUCCCCCGUGCCGAGCUCGUCCAGCCACAGAGUGCGUGUUGGGGGUGCAGCAGCUCCGGGCUUGAUUGGUAUGUCCUUCUUAAGCUGAAUACCUUUGACUGUAAUCUCAAGUGGCUUUACAAGGCGAACAUGUCCAAAGUCGUGCUGUAGUCGCUUGGGGACUCGCAGCUUCUUCUCAAGCUUGAUAAGCCGCUUUUGCAGUUCGUAGUGAUAAAUGAGAUGGCAGUCUGGAUCUUGAAGGCCGGCCUCGCAUGUUUCUGCCGCUAUUCUGUUCCAAUGUUUCCGUUGGAGGUCCGCAUCAUUUGUUGUAGUAGGGGGCUCUAGUUUAUACAUGUAGUUUUCUUCCAAGAGUGCUUUGCGCUGGUACCAACCGCCACGCCGUGAAAGAUGAAAAAGCCGUUGAUCUAAUAACUCUAUCAGGAGUGACCGCUCCUUUGCAUGAUCCUUUUGUCGCCCAAAUACGUGGGCGCAUUUGGAAAUGAUUCGUGUAUAUGGGUGCGCUGGGUUAAACCGUCGGAGAUAUGCCCCUUCGCCGGUGUCGUAGACAGUCCUUUCUUUUUCAGUCUCCUCCUUGAUGAGAUUUUGCCACCUUGGGUAUACAUUGACGAACAGCUGCAUUAUUCUUUCGCAACCAGCCUCAAAGACGGCACCACUACCCUCCAGAUUGGCAUCUACAUCGGCUUCCAGGCGAAUGGCGGCCUCAUACUCGAUAAGGUGGGCACGCGAAGAAAAUAUCGUCGAUGUGCGGCAGACCAGAUAUUCAGGAAAGUUCCUCCGAGCGAUUUUGGCAAGAAUAAUGGUCAUUAGCGAUUUCUCAGUCCAUUCUGUUGACCGGUAGAAGACGAGGUGCACUCGUUCAAAUAACUUGAAGACCGGUUCUGUAAGACGUAUGCAGGGCCCCAAAAUAUCGGAUAUUUUGUUGAAGAUAUAGUCGCCAUGGCCUUGUUUACUAUCGUCACGGCCCGUCUCAGACAUCUCUGCGUCGGAAGCACCCUUGCUGCUCUGUCGACUGAGCCCCAGUGAUUGCAAAUUUCGCUGCUGCUGGCUUGAGCGGUAUAGCGCUUUGAUGAUGUCACUCUUGUUUUUCCCUUGGGCUUUGACGUCCUUGGAAACUGUUUUCAGCUCGUCAAGAAGCAAUAAGCCUGCUGCCUCCUCCACAGAUGUUAGACUUUCCGACGAUGUAUCUGCAAAGGUCAUCUGGUCAUCAAUCUGGUAAUCAGAGAGAGCUUCGCCAGUAAGAGGGUCUAUCUCCGAGUCCACUGCUAUAUCUUUCAAUGUUCUUGGGGUUUGUAAACUCGCAAUGGCCGCAUCUGGGUCGGCUAUAUCAUUAUAAUACCCAAGCUUGUCUGAUCGAUGCCAGGCAGCCGUCUUGCGCAAAAAUAACCUUACAUAGCUAGCUGGGGUUAGAACUUAUGUUUAUCUGCAGUAAACAAUGACUUACAGAUAUUGUGCCUCAUAAUCUAAUUCUCUCCAAUAUUGAAAGACGCUCAGCUCCCGCUCAUUGAAGAGCUGCUUCUCCUCGUCCAGUACGGUGUCAAGGGCCAGAGCAAAGGCAUCAACAUAGAUGGAACGGCGACCUUUGAUCCAGAUGGACUUUUCCUUAGCAUCAGAUUCCCCUGAUACCUGCUGAGAAGACUUAAACUCUUCAUAUGCCUCCUCAGCUUCUUCCUGUGUGCCAGUAGGGGGGAGCGCCCGUUCGACGUCUGUUGGGUGAAUUUGGCUCUCAUCAUCAACCAAUUCAAAUGCUGAGUGAUUUGCACCUUCAGAUUGAAACGGGGUAUUGUCCAGUUCUUCAGAAUCCGCAUUGCUUGCUGUGUCGUCUUCCCUCUUUAUCCUCUUGGCUGUCCGCUCUUCAGCCAGUAAAGGCGUAGAGGACCUCGAGGAGUCCAGCUCGCUCUCGGUUGCAGAGAGCUUGCGCACAAAAUUAUUCAUCACCCAUUCAUAUAAUCCAGACCAUUGCUGAUAUACCACGAUCUGAAACAAUUUCAACGCGUCGGACCUACGCUCUUGGUUGCAGGAGGCUUGCACGGCGAGGCACCGUGAAUCUUUCAACGCGAGGUCAGCUGACCCGUUAAACGUCCACGGCGGGACAACGUCGAGGCGACCCGCGUGGAGGGGGAUACCACACUCCCAAGCCUUACAAAAGGACAGAGCCCAACCUGCAAGACAAUGGCAGAGACAAAUUCAACUAUGGAGCAAAGUAUCGAGUCACAGAACGACAGCUCCGUCGCAAACAGCUCCGCAAUUGCGCAGACACAGCCCAAGGACGUCACCAUGUCCGACGCGCCAACAGACUCAGUCGCCUCUCCUAUGCCUCAAAACUCAGCAGAUAGUCCGGCGCCCGGACGAACGGGGACACCUGCGCAAGCUUCUAGAGCUGCGUCGGCGCAUCCAGAUCCAGGUUUUGGCGUUCCAUCCGAGGCAGCACCCCACGGUGACCCGACAAGAAGAUAUCUCAAUACCAAGGUUACUGGCGCAUUGCUGGAGGGCAUGAAGCUGCUUGCCAAGGAGCAACCCGAGGAUCCUCUACGAGUGCUUGGUGAAUUCUUGAUACAAAAGUCAAGGGAGCUAGAGGGGACGAAUUAAGAUGGAGCUUUCGUUGAUAUUUGUGUUUACAUGGAGCAUUGGAGUUAGCUGGAGUCUUAAUAUCAAAAAGAUUUACUUUGAUUCACGACAAGACCAUGAUGUUUUGGGUAUUCAGUUUUUUGAGGUUGGUAGAAUUUGC